AUGCACGCCAAUGUGCACGCAGACCGGAACGAGUGGCGGCUGCCCCCGGACGACACCUUGCAGGUCGCCGAUACAAAGGCCAAAAAGGCCGAGGUAGGUGACGAAGAGGAGCUAGCACUGCAUGAAGAUGAAGGGCAUAACUGGUGGUCUAUAAUUUUCUCUCUACUCGUUAUUGGUUUGGUGAUAUCUGGGAUUGUAGCAGCCAUAUUCUUGGUCGGUUACGUCGAUGAACUACUCUAUUGGCAUGGUCAAAGGAUGCAGUUGGAGGAAUUUUUACAGAGCGACAUAACACCAAAAAGGCUGCCUUCCUCGUGGAUCUCCCCCACCCACUUCGUUUUCCAAGCGGACGACGGAAGCCUUUCCAUCCUGGACACCAGCAAAAACUUCACUGUUACGAUUUUAGUUACUAACCACACUUUGAGGCAACAGAAUGUCAGAGGAUAUCAGUGCUCAAAGGACCUUAGAUAUGUGCUCUUCCAACACGACCUCAAAUCAGUAUUCAGACAAUCCUUCACGGCACUCUACACCAUCUAUGACGUCAGUAAAGAUCACCACAUUCCAGUUAGAUUGGAGGCGUCCCCCAAAGCGCAGCCAGAACGACUUCAAUACGUCAGCUGGUUGGGCGAUACGACGUCAUUGGUAAUAGUUUUUAAUAACGACAUCUACCACAGAAGCUCCCCUACAGACGAAACAGACACAAGGCUGACAUUCACUGGAAAACCUGACAUCGUCUACAACGGAAUACCGGACUGGCUGUAUGAAGAGGACGUGCUCCAAAGUCCAGAGGCCCUAUGGAGUUCCCAUGAUGGAACACAUCUUUUGUAUGCCACAUUCAACGACAGCGAAGUGGGGAUCUUAAAUUUUCCUUGGUUUCAAACGGGGUCGGUGUUGGGGGCGGGUAAAACCGUCCAUCGGACCCCAUCUUUCCCUGGGUCUAGAUCUGUAAGGUAUCCUACGCCUGGGACUACGAAUCCUACAGUUCAACUUUGGGUAGUAGACAUCACAAACUUGACGAAUUUGGAGUACCACGCCGUAUUGCCGCCUAAGGUUCUAAUAGGACAGGAUUAUUAUUUGACGUCAGCAGGAUGGAUCGGGCAGAAGAACACGCAAGUGUCCGUCGUAUGGAUAAACCGAGCUCAAAACCUCAGCAUCGUGUCGGCCUGUCUGGCCCCCAACUGGACGUGCAUUGAGACCCACGCGGAGAGGGCUCUUGAAAAGGCCUGGCUCGACAUCCAGGAGCACCCGAUGUUCUCGCCGGAUGGGGACAGCUUCCUGAUGUUGGCUCCAGUGCAGGAAGGUAGCAGGGAAACCUACACACACAUCAAACACGUAACUGUCACCCAGCAACACAUCGCCGUACUGAGCCAUGGGAGGCACGAGGUGACGAAGAUACUGGCCUGGGACACCGUCAGUCACCUAAUAUAUUACCUGGCAACGGAGGAAAAUAAACCAGGAGAAAGGCAUUUGUACGUAGUACGUGACCCCAGUACAGAUGACCCUCGGCGGUUAGAAUCGCACUGCAUCACGUGCGACCUGGGGGACGUCCUCUGGAGCAGUAGAUUUUUGUACGGGAACUGCACUCACUUCAGUGCUCAGGUGAGUCCUCGUUCCGAGUCUUCGAAUUCAUCAUUCUAUGUCCUUCACUGCGAAGGACCAGGUCUUCCAUUAGCAGCAAUGCACAACGUGAGCACGCACAAGGUUGUAAAAAUCCUGUACGAUACGCGGCCGCAACUGUGGCCACUGUUGGAGAAGUACGCCAUGCCCAAGAAAAAGUCUUUCGAGGUGCCUUUGCCCCAAGGUAGUAGGGCUCAAGUACAACUACUGCUUCCCCCGUCUUGGAGGGCGGAACUGAGAGACGCGGCCUAUCCUGUCCUAGUUGAAGUUAAUGGCAGGCCAGGCAGCAAAUCAGUGACCGAACAAUUCAAGGUGGACUGGGGUACAUACAUGUCCAGCCACUGCGACGUUGUUUACGUCAAGCUCGACGUACGAGGCGCUAGGGGGCAAAGUGACCGCUCCAUUUACCAUCAACUGGGAGGUGUCGAAGUGCAAGACCAGGUGACAGUGUUAGAACAUCUCUUGGAAAAGCACAAAUACCUCGACAAAACUCGUGUAGGACUUUGGGGAUGGGGUUAUGGCGGUUACGUUACUGCCAUGGUGCUGGGACUGGGCAACCAGCAAAAAGUGUUUAAGUGUGGUAUUGCUGUCAGUCCGAUAGCUGAUUGGUUAUACUACAACUCGGCGUUCACGGAGAAAAUCCUGGGCCUGCCCACCGAGAAUUACAAGGGCUACGUGGAGGCGGAUGCGACGCAGCGUGCGCGGAACAUCCCCAAGAAGUCCUUCUUCCUAAUGCAUGGCCUGGCCGACCUCACGGCCCCCUAUCAGCACGGGGUGGCGUUGGCGAGGGCUCUCGCCGAAGCAGGUAUCCUUUUCAGGUAUCAGAGUUAUGCUGACGAAGGGCAUCAGCUGGAAGGUGUGUUAGAACACGUGUACCGGUCGAUGCAAACUUUUUUUGAAGAGUGCCUUAAUCUCGACACUGAAGAGAAAAUGAAGGAGAGAGAAGAAGCGAAAAAGGAAGAAGCCAAGAAGUAGUUCUAGAAACGCUCCCUUACCA